AUGUCUGCAUCAAAUACACCUCAUACAUUCCAUUCUCCUCACGCUGAAAGCAGAGACCCCAUCAUGGAAGACGAUCAUUUUUCUCUUCGAUACGGUAAUCCCAUCAAAGUAAUUCAUGAUAUCAAGCAGCACAAGCCGGAUGAUUUCGAGCCUACAAAAGACCACGUCUCUGGUACAUUGGCAAGCACUAUUGGAGACGCUUUGACAAGCGACAAAAAGCAACAAAAGCCUCCUUUGACAAAGAGCAAUUCAAGUUUCUUGCGCGAUUCAACCAUUUGCUCUGAAUUUUACCACGACAAGAAAGGUGGUGUAACAGAAGUUGAGCAUAAAGACAAUUAA